AUGCUAGAUAAUAAAUCGCCGAGAUCCAAGCUGGGUCCUGCGUCCAGAGGUUGCUCAUUUUACAUUGAGAAUUUGCUGGGGACUGCAUACAGAGCGGCUUCGUCCGAGGAGAGGGUGGAGACCGAGAGAUUGAAAGUAACCGACCGCAGCCCGGUGAUCUGUCCGGGACUGGAAACUAAACGUCUGGAUGAGAGAGGAGUGUUAACCGGGAGCGGGACAUCACCAAAUACAGCGUACGGCAGCUCAAGAAGUCCAUCGCACAAGGACGAACACACAGACGCUGUGCCAACAAGCGACCGGGAUUCCCCAACUUUAACAGGGCGGGAGGAGAGCGAGGAGCCGGGGGAGAAGGGGGACGACAGUUUGACGGAUGAAAGAGAGGAGGACGAUGCGCGAUCCUCCUGCUUCUCCCGAAAAGACAGCUGUGAUACAGGUGACCAAAAAGUGCCACGAAAGAAGAAGACCCGCACCGUGUUCAGCCGGACUCAGGUGUUCCAGCUCGAGUCCACUUUCGACCUGAAGCGCUACCUGAGCAGCUCGGAGCGAGCCGGGCUAGCCGUCUCGCUGCAGCUCACCGAGACCCAGGUGAAGAUCUGGUUCCAGAACCGCAGGAACAAGUGGAAGAGGCUGAUAGCAGCCGACAUGGAGGCUAGCAGUGCCGCCCUCCCCUACACCGGCCAGAGGGUCGUCAGAGUUCCCGUGUUGUAUCGCGAGACGCCACAGAUGGUCGGCUUCUCCAAUUCUAUCCACUAUCCAUUGACUUCCCACUUCAGCCAUCCGGUGUCGUUCCUAACGACGCAGAUGACAGGACUGGUGUGA